AUGAGUACCCCUCUAAAUACCUCCACGGCUCCUGGCGAGAGGGGGAUCGCUCACACGAGCACCGCUGCUGCCAGCGCCGUGAGGAGAGAGACUGUCCCCGCCGUGAGGAGAGAGACUGUCCCUGCCGUGAGGAGAGAGACUGUCCCCGCCGUGAGGAGAGAGACUGUCCCCGCCGUGAGGAGAGAGACUGUCCCCGCCGUGAGGAGAGAGACUGUCACCGCCGUGAGGAGAGAGACUGUCCCCGCCGCCAGGACAGAGACUGUCCCCGCCGCGCUGCCGCUGCCUGCGAGUGCUGCGCCAUCUUCUCACGCCGGCGCUGCUGCCACCGCGGCAAAGAACAGCUCCUGUGCUACGCUGCCGAUUCCAAGCAGCGCCAUCCUGGCGCGGGACAGAAAUAAAGCGGCUCGGAGAAGCCAGCACGGGGUCGUUCCUUAUUUCCUUUAUAAUGAAUCUCAGAGGCUGAGCCCGCGUUCCGAGCAGCCGAACCGUGACCCUGCCGGCCGGCGGCAGAGGUCGGGCACGGCCGCUCCUGGGCCUGCCCCGAUCGCCUGCAAGGACUGGGGCACGCUGGUGCACACCUCAGCUGUCUGCAGGGUGCACGGACGCUGCUGCCAAGUGAAGUUCGUGGUCCGUCAAGUGCUGCCGGUGAAUUCGCACACUUUCUGCUUGCUGCAGCUCCCGGGAAAGUCAACCCCCUCCAUUCCAGAUGUGAGAGGAGUUUUCCCUUGGUUCAAGGACUACCUCCGAGAUUUUCGUUUCCAAGAAUCUUGGGUUUUAGAGCUCAGGAGCUGGUCGUGUACAAGUAAGGACACACAGAACAUUGAUUCUGAGGUGUUACACCAUCCUUCUGGCAGGGCUGCUCCCAGCCUCAGACCAGCCUGGGCACAGCUCCGGAGGGCACUUCCCAAAGAAGGACUGCAGCAUUUGCUCACCUGAAGCCCCCCUCCAUCUCUUCUCAAUCCCUGGAUCUCUCAGUCUCUGUUCUGUACUCAGUGGUGACUCCAGCACUGAACCCCCUCAUCUACAGCCUGAGGAACCAGGAGCUCAAGGAUGCCCUGUGGAAAAUGAUGACCCUAUCUUUUCAGGGACAAUAAACUCUGUCUUUUCUGCUCCAGAACAUUCAGAAUGUAACUCCUUACAAUCUUGGCCUUUAUUUUUCUAUUUGUCAAUUUUUUCAUUGGGAUGUUUUCUUAUUCUUUUUUUCCAGUGUUAUAAUGUUGAUUUUUUUUUUAUAUAUAAAAUAUUGUAGUACUACUCUGAGUAUUUCUACAUGAACAUCUACUUUUCUUUUGUAACACAAAGACCUUCAGGAGGCUUGUUCCCUCUGCAUUUGAAUAAAAACCAGUGGCUGCCCUGACCUGUGUGUCCAAGGCAUUUUCUCCGCCCUUCUCUGGCUCUGCAGGGGCUGUGCCUGUGAGCAGAGGUGGAGGGAAGGGGCUCCCAGCACAGCAGCACGGCCAGGGACAAUGGCCCUGGCUCUCCCCACAUCUGCUCCUCCCAGCUCCACACUCCCCUUCCCAGCCCUGCUGUGGGUGCCAGGCCGGAGUGCUGUGGCAGCUUGGUCACUGUCCUGCUGCGUGUCCGUGCUGUGCCCUCAGGCAGGGACAGGCCAUGGGCACUGCUGGGACACAGCUGGGCUGCAGCACAGCAACUCCACCAGCAGAGGGUAUCUCCUGAGCACAGGGCAGGAAG